CAUCAUUAUGCGACCGUCGAUUGUCUGGCGCGGGUGCCGUCGAGGGGUUCAAGCCCUCACUGCUCAGGCGUCGCAUCCCACCCUCACCUCCGCGCGCAACAGAAAGUCUUUGAACAAUGGGCCCUCAGCCGGUCGUAUGCGACCUCGUGGCGCGUGUGUUGUUGGACCCUGCUGCGGCGCAGGCUUUGAUGGACUUGGUGGAGCGGACGCCAGAGUUGCGCCACAGCCUGCUCGCGCCACCGGUGGUUGCGGGCGAUCCCGAUUUCCGGAGGCGCACGGCCACUGUGGGCCCUGCGGUCGCCGCGCCGCCCCCCGGUCUCGAGCACCUCGUCCCCACCGCUCCCGCCUCCGCCGCUGCGAGGGCUCCUGCAGCGGCCUGGCCAGCCGCAGCGAUUCGCACCGACGUUGUGAGCGAGCAGCGGGCGAGUGCCAACCCGCAGAAGGCGGCCCGCCGGAUGACGUUGGUGCUGGCAUAUUUUCCUCGGGGCGCUUCGGACGGGGCCAUCUGCUCUGCGCUUGACGCCGCGCUGGGCGAGAUGAGCACGGUCCGUCGCUGCCGCGUCGUCCGCGACCGAGAGGGCAACGGCCUCUAUGGCUUCUUCGAGUUCCAGGACCCCGAGACCGCGGAGUCCGCCCUCGCGGCCUGUUCCCGCGGCUCCGUGGUUCUGAGCGACGAGGGGGGGCACAUGUGGCACCUCCGCGCCAGCCGCAGUGAGAGGGCCACGGUCGCGAACAGCGAGUCCAGCGCCGCGCGGCGCCGCCGAGGCAGGAGGGGCGGCGUCGCCCAGCACGGCGUUGCCUGAUGCCACGAGAGCGCCAGCGUGGCGCUGCCUGCCACUGAUGCACGGCGCUGCCCUGCCUGCGUCUUUGCGGAGCACCAGCCGGCCAGUGGCUGGCCGGUGCAGCGAUGCGGGCAGUGGUUGUGCGCCGGCGAGGCCAACGUAUAAUGUAUACUUUCCUCCUUUCGUGUUUCUCCUGCCUUCGGCGCACUCCGCCCCAGGCAUGGAUCCAAAAAGCUAAUUGUCGGAUGCGACCCACUUUGCCAUCGUAGUUGUUGUUCGGCUUGCCGUCGGACCGGUGCUUUCAGCGCGCAGAGAUAUAUGCGUGCUCCCUCCCAGCUUGUAUGUGGCAACGCCAAGGUGGAGUUGGGAGGAAGGUCGAAAGGGUCGAAGCGAUCCAGUCGGCUGGGUCGGUGAAAGGGUCGCUAGCCGCCAGCUGUUUUACCUUGGAGCCGGCCCCGCCAAGGCACGAGCGCUUGAACAGCCCAAGACCGUUUGAAUUAUUCGGCUGGCAUCUUGCAGCCAAUUUCAAUACCCGCUUCCGCACACCCGUCACACGUUUCGCGCCGCCGUGUGAGCGGGGCAUCCCCAGUGGCACGCACCAGGCGCGAAGGUUUCCUCAGUUUCUUUCUUCAUCCCUCUGAGUUCCCCCUCCUCUCCAUUCAUGCCUACACGCCCGAACGAGAAGAUUGCACGCACACCACGGAGCUGCAGAUAGCGCCGUCGAGACCCCAACUCACCGCACCCGCAGAACAGGGGGGAGCUUCAGGCAGCACCUCGCGCUCCCGCCCGCGGGCCCCUGGCCUGCUGGCACCCAGACACCCAUUCCAAGACAUUCUAAGACGUACUGGAAGUGGUGGCAGACAGAUCGCGCAGCGAAAAGGGAUGCGUCGUACAUCCACGCUGGCCAGGCAGAUAGCACAUCUCACGGAACACGUCUGGAAGUGUUAUUUGACCGUUCGGGCGUAUAAACCAUUGCAUACCGUUGCCAUCGUCGCGUUGACGUGUUUGCGAUAUCUGAAGGGCUUACGUGCGCAAGACGUCCGUCACGUUGCGCCCUGCGCCUGUAGCACCCGACGGUGGCAACCGCAUUUUCAGAUUCGCCCUCUGCUUCGCAUAUACUGGUCUCCUGCGAAGCAGGGCGGCGCGAGUCGAGCUUUCGCGAGGCAUCCAGUACAGCUUACAGUAGGGUCCCUUUCUGCGACGCAGCUACCCCAACAAAACACAUGAGAUGUAUCGACGGUAAGCAUGACU